AUGGCAUACGUCACCCGGGACCCAAAGACAAGUGACGAACGGACGCAGACUAAGGGUAACAGAGGACCUCUAAGAGGCACCAGCAGGCGUGUAGGCGUAUACAUCCGAAAGCGUGUGGACGGAUACAUCCGAGAUCAAAUUGUGGGUACUGAGCAGGAAUACCCAGCGACAUUACUUCGGAGGCGUGGUAACGAGGGAAGAGUGGUGGCUCGAGAAUGGAGGGAUCGUUCGCUGGGGACGGAUGAUUCAGGAGGGAAAAAAGACGACGAGGAAGAGACCACUCACGAAGGACACGUACGAGGGCGGAGGCGAGUACGAGUAGCAGCGCAUCGUCGCAUCCGGCCAUUAACCUCCAAUCGCAUGCAGCACGCGUGGACCAUAGAUGGAGGAGAUCGGGGAUCAAAGGGGACGACUCAGCUAGGGGUAGUUCGAUAUGGAGAGAACGAUAACGAUGGUAAGAAUCCACUCACGAAGGAGACGUACGAUGGUGGAGACGAGUGGGAGUCUCGUUGGAGCUGCAACAGAGAUCGUCGGGAGUUCAACCGCAUACAGCGCGCGAGGACCAUAGAUGGAGGAUGA